ACGGCAGCAGCAGCAGCAGCCAGAGGUUGCUUGCUGACUCCAAUACACCAGCACACGUAUAAAAAGGGUUCUGGAAAUGUUGGCGGCCCUCAAGUCUCUGCUUCUGUCGGAUCCGAGACAGUCGAUCGUUUUGUUUCAUCCGCACCACCACCGCCGCCGUGUUUUAUUUGUACAUGAUUAUUUAUUUCUGAUCGCUCCAUCCAUAUUCUUCACGCGGGAGAGUCAAUUCGGGAAUAAGAAGAAGAAAACAAGUUUAUCUUGAUACUCGUUCAAGUUUCUCCGGGACAAUUUUCUAUUGCUCGGCCUCUUUUGUUUUGAUACAAAAGUUUGUUAAUGAAAUCCUCUUGCCCCGGCAAUUGCUUAGCGUGAAGGGGGGGAGCGCAACCGGUUGCCGAAACUUUAUUGUAAAGAGAAACAGUCUCGAAAGCAAUUUGACAUUGUGUGCUGUUGCUGCUGCUGCUGCUGUGUGCCUGGAUUUCUUCUUUAUUUCCCUGUUCCCGCGUGCGCGCUUGUUGACGUAGUCAUGGCGGCGAUCAAUAAGGCUUUCGUCCCUGAUGAUGACUUCAAAGAAACCAGCAGUCGUCGUCGUCAGGAUCGUCCUACCCCGAAUAACAAGGGCACAGUUUGUCACGUAGACAUCGACGGGAUCGAUGACUCCCGGGCGCCCAAGUUAUCUCAGAUUUUGGCCACUUUGCCAGCGCUAUUGGGGGCCUUCGUCCUGGGCACAUAUCUCGGCUGGGCCAGUCCUGUUAUGCCCCAAUUCAAAUUGACCAACUCGAGCACAACGACCGGCGGUAAUAACGGACAAGACGAAAAUGUGUGGCACUUGUUGCUGGACGAAGAUCAAAUGUCGUGGGUGGGAUCGCUGAUUAACGUCGGGGCCGUUGUCGGAUGCCUUUGCGGUGGUUACCUCAUGGACCGAUUUGGUCGAAAGGUCAUCCUGGCCGUCGUCUUUUUGCUAUACAUCGUCGGCUACCUUCUCAUCACCUUGGCAGUGGAUCCAAGUAUGCUCUAUGUCGGGCGGAUUGUCGGCGGAUUAGCCGGAGGCAUCUGCUGCGUCGUCGCCCCGAGUUACAUUGGUGAAACAACGACCAUCUCGAUGCGCGGAGCUCUGGGUAUGCUCUUUUCAGCCAUGAUGUCCGCCGGGAUUUUGGCUACAAGCCUUCUAGGAUGGCUGGAUUGGCGCUGGAUUUCGGCCAUCUGUACCAUUUUCCCCGUUGUGGUUCUCGUCGGAGUCAUUUUCGUGCCGGAUUCGCCAUACUUUUUGGUCAAACAAGGUCGGCUGGACGAAGCUGAAGGUUCGCUGCUCUGGUUGCGAGGCAAUAAUCACAAUUACGUCAAGGCCGAACUGAGCCGAAUUGAGGCUCUGGUUGCGGAGGAUGCGGCUCAAGAUUUUAAAUUUUCAGACAUUAUCCGGCCGGGAGUUUACAAGCCGGUACUCAUCGGAAUUGGACUGAUGGUCAUCCAGCAGCUGUCGGGCAUCAACGCAGCACUUUUCAAUUCGGUGGAUAUUUUCCGCCUGUCCGGAUCCAGCCUCGAUGGACUCGUCAGUGCCGUUAUCCUCAACUUUGUUCUGUUGAUAGCGGCUCUAUCGUCGUCCGUUCUGGUGGAGCGACUGGGCCGGAAGAUGUUGUUUUUACUGUCGGAAAGUUUGACUUGCUUGUCCGUCGUGGCGCUGGGCGGCUACUUUUACGUUCUGGAGAACGACCCGGCCACUGCGCAGCGGUUCGGUUGGGUCCCGUUGACGUUGCUCAUCACUUUCAUCGCCGUAUUCGCUGCCGGAGUGGGUCCGCUUCCUUGGCUCGUGGCAGGUGAGGUCAUGCCAGCCAAGUUUAAAGGUCCCGGCAGCAGUAUUGUAGCCUUCACUAACUGGAUCACGUCGUUCAUUGUCACCAAAGUCUUCAUUGACAUGCAACGAAGCCUCACCAAUGCCGGGACAUUUUGGGUCUUUGGAAGUUUGUGUUUCGUUGGCAUCUUGUUCGGCAUUUUCAUCCUGCCCGAAACAAAAGGCAAAACUCCGGAACAGAUCCAGGCUCUAUUCGCCACCAACGUGUCUGAGCCACCAAAGUCUGGCGUCAACAUCAAUUCGACGACGACGUCAUCGGUAGACCAGCCAUCCCAUUUCUGAAUUGGCGGAUGGCAUCCUUGUCCUAAAUUAUACAAUAAUUCCCGCAACCCCCCCCCCCCCCCCAAAUAAAACCAUCCAGCGAAACUACCGAUGGUUAAAAAAAAAUUAAAAAAUACCACAUCCAUUCCCGCCGAUCAAUUUUUGUAAUCAAAUAUUAUGUUUACACGCCUGCUGUCCUUCUCAAAAUGAAAAAAACGUAUAUUUCACGCGCCGUGAAUUUUUGAAUCACGCGCACGAUCUGGUGAUUGCACACUACUCUAUACAGUUUGGUAUCACGCCUUUUAACGGAUAAGAUUGUAAAGCCUACGCACAUUUUUUUAAUUUUUGUAGCCUUGACUAUUGCUUUUAUCUCAUGCCAUACUAUUUUUGAUAGCGAUUUAUAUUUUUUGAAAAAAUAAACGAGGAGGGGUGCCUCUUGGUCAGAAAA